AUGUACCCGGACUUCAUGUUACCCUCACAGAUACACACUCUCUGUCACUCUGACGAUGCCACGCACGACGAGAACAAAAACAUCGGCACCCUCGACCGCAAGCUCAAAAGCCGCCACAUCCAAUUCCUCGCCCUCUCCGGCGCCAUCGGCACGGGUCUCUUCGUCGGCAGCGGCCAGAUUCUCUCCCUCGCAGGACCCCUCUCGACCUUCCUCGCCUACCUCUUCACGGGCUUCAACCUGUACUGUGUCAUCAACUCCCUGGGCGAGAUGGCGACGUACCUGCCCAUCCCCGGCGCGGUGCCCGUCUACGCUGCGCGGUUCGUGGACCCGGCGCUGGGGUUCGUGUUGGGGUAUAAUUACUGGUAUCAACUCGCUAUUGGGGUUCCCAUUGAGACGACGGCGUCUGCGAUUAUCAUUGGGUUCUGGCCGAAUGGAGUGUCGAAUGCGGUGUGGAUUACGGUUUUGACGAUUCCGAUGAUUCUGGUGAAUCUCCUCCCAGUGAACUUCUAUGGCGAGGCGGAGUUUGUGUUUGGAGCGAUCAAAUUGACCACGAUCAUUGGCCUCAUCUUGUUGAUGUUGAUUAUCGAUCUUGGUGGUGCUCCUAGUGGUGAUCGGAUUGGGUUUAGGUAUUGGGACCAUCCUGGGCCGAUGAAUGAGUAUCUUGAGACGGGGGCGCUUGGAAGAUUUUUGGCCUUCUGGAAAGUCUUCAUACAAGCGACGUUUGCGUAUGGCGGCAGUGAAAUGUGUGUCAUCGCUGCCGGGGAGACGGAGAAUCCAAGGAUGAACAUCCCCAAGGCUGUGAGGCGGGUGUUUUGGCGGAUUCUGAUUUUCUACGUACUAGCCAUCUUCCUCGUCGGAAUGUGCGUCUCCUCGAAAGACCCACGCCUCCUCAACGCUAUCGAUCAAGGCUCUCCCGGAGCAGCAGCCAGUCCCUUCGUUAUCGCCAUCGUGAAUGGAGGCAUCCCCGCCCUCCCACACAUCAUCAACGCUGUAAUCCUUUCCUCCGCAUGGAGUGCCGGCAACGCCUUCUUCUACUCUUCCACGAGAAUCCUCUACGCCACAGCACUAGACGGCAAAGGUCCCAAAUUCCUCACCUACGAGCGAUUCGGAGUACCAUACGCUUGUGUCGCAGCCACUGCACUAAUCAGCUUGCUUGCUUAUCUCAACGUCUCGAGUGGCUCCGCGAACGUCUUCUUCUGGUUCAGCAACAUCAGCGCUGUGUCUACGCUCAUGGUCUGGGGUAGUAUCUGCAUCACUUACCUCCGCUUCUUCUACGGCCUGCGUCACAACAACAUCGCCCGAACCUCAUUGCUGUGGAAAGCUCCGUUCCAACCCUUCCUGGCUUACUUUGGACUAUGUUUCUGCGCCAUCGUCGCCUUCUUCAACGGAUACGACGCUUUCUUCCCGGGCAAGUUCAGCGCAAAGACUUUUAUUCCCCCUUACAUCGACAUCCCGAUCUUUCUGGCGUUGUAUCUGGGAUACAAACUUGUCAAGAGGACGGAGAUCGUCAAGCUCAAGGACAUGGAUCUUUGGAGUGGCAAGGCCGAGAUUGAUCGACAAGAACCGCUCUGGCCGGUGCGACAGCCUAGGAACUGGGUCGAACGAGUGUGGUUCUGGAUAGCUUGA